AUAGGGAAGGAGGAACGCGUUUCGUCUGCACUACAUUCCGAGGUGUUGUGGGAAGGGAAGAACGAUUUGUUGGAAACUCGGGCGUUUCACGGGGAGCGCGGUAUUCGAACGUAAAGAGAUCGCGCCUGAUGCGGGGAUCCACAGUUGUCGCCGAACCUCGAUCGUCGCGUUAUCUCGGCUCUCCGUCGUUUACAAUCUAGUCAGUCUGAGUACCCUGAGUAGUUGGAAUACACACAAUCGAAGCACGUCUCGAUAUCUGUCAGAGCGCAAAACGAUAUUGGCUUGAAAGUACGGAAAGGAGAGUUCGGACAAGCAAGGGAAUAUUGAUUGAAGAGGAGAUGCCGUUCUUUAAGAAACUGCGAAGGUUCUCCAAGCAUAAGAAGCUCUGCGAGGAAUGGGCUCUCGCCAACAGCCGCGAGUGCGUCGAGGGGGGAGUCGGGGGUGGCGGGGGGCAGGAAGAUGCCGAGGAUCCGGCGGAGGCCACCUUUGCUCUGAAAUACCUGGGAAGCACCCUCGUCGAGACGCCCUCCAGCGAGGAGGCCACCGCCGAGGCCAUCAAAACCAUCAUCACCAUGGCAAAGGCGAGUGGAAAAAAAUUGCAGAGGGUAUCCCUGGCGGUUAGUCUACGGGGAAUUCGCAUGACCGAUGUGGCAACGGAAGAGGAUCAGCUCCAGGUCUCGAUUUACAGGAUCUCUUACUGUUCGGCUGACGCGACUCACGAUCAUGUUUUCGCCUUUAUUGCGACAAAUCUCAACGAGACGAUGGAAUGUCACGCUUUUCUGUGCCCUAAGAGGAAAAUGGCUCAGACUGUCACUCUCACGGUGGCUCAGGCCUUCAACACAGCGUAUCAAGCCUGGCAGCUGACUCAAGUCGAUCCUCGUAUUCACCACACGACUGAUAAGAGCCCUCCGAUGACCGACGAGAAUUGCAUUGAAUAUCACGACAAAAUCGUCAACGAGAUGAAAAACAACGAGAUGCAUAACCGACAGAAUAAUCAAAAUGUAAAACGAAACAACAUCAACGAGACUCAGAAGAAUCUCUUGAUCGAUUUAUCGUCCGAUUCCAAGCCAAAGGAAAAAUCGUGGGUUUGCUUCGAGGAGGAAACAGCACUGGACAACAAAAACACCCGGAACAACAACUCGCCGACGAGCAUCCCGAUGUCGACCCUCAGAGCGACGUCCACGUCCACGUCGACGUCGACGUCGACGCGCCUCGUCACUCCGAGACCUUCACCUUCGCCCUUGGCCGGGCAGAACGCCUGGGGCGAGUCCAGGUCGGUCGACCUGAUGUGCUCGUAGCCCUUAUAGCCUAGGGCCGACAACUUCCGCGAUGUGCCCCUCAUCACCGGACUCUGGAAGCACCUUUCGGCCAGCGGUAUACCGAGGAAGUUUUCCUCCUAAAUUCUGAACCUGAGACGUGCGCCAACCACCCCGAGGGAUAAGUCCGCUCCGUUAUUGCCCUCCUUGCGAAGAUCCUGCGGAUUGAGGGAAUGGAUGGACCGACAGAUUGCGGUUUUUCUGAACCCUCAAUUUUUGAAAGCACGAAUUUUGGAAAUUGUAAUUAUUGCAGGGGUGACUCUGAUGCUGUGGCUAGAAUUAAUCACCUUGCAACAGCUGCAAAAAAUUCGCGAUUUUUACAAACUUUGAUAUAUUUUACCCGGAAAUUGUUUGGACGGGAUGAAGUUUAGUGGAAGGCGUGUACCCGUGAAGAAGCGGAAAAUAUUUGAGAAGAAAUUGCUAGUGAGAAUUCUAAUUUUUGGUUUCAAUGCGAAGGAAAUAAAAAAUAGAGAAGCGCGGA